CGAGCAUCUAAUUAGCCACACUGUACGCCUGCGUAUCCGCGCCGCAGAGACGUUCGCGACGUUUGCAGAGCACAAGCGCAGCGCACUCGCGCAGACACCACGCUCGCACGCAUACACGGACACGGUCGCCGCCACCGCCGCCGUAUACACGCCGCGUAGACGACGCACGAUCACAAGAGAACGCGUUGCAUUAUUUCGCGGACGCGCGCCGCCGCAGACCGUCAAACCCGUCACCGCCGCCCCGCGUACACGACCGCGCGUUCCGUACCCAUUAUUGAUAAUAUUAUUACAUUCGUCGUUGCGCGCUGCUCGAGGAGAUGAACUGCGAGUCCUCCUGACGAGUCCUCCGUCGCCGCACAACAACGCUUGGCGUCGCGCGCAGUAUACGAUCCGCAACAAUAUCGUCGUCGUCUCCGUCUUCGCCGUCGUCUCCAUCGGUGUAAAUCAUACCGACGUUAAUUAAUUGUUGAUAUUACACGCGGGCUCCCGCACCACGCGAUAUAAUAUCCCACACCCGGACCCGCGGUCAACUUGGUCCGCAUCACCGUACGUCCACCAGCAGCCGUUUAUAGAGCUUAUAUACAAAUCGUAUAUAUAAAUAAGUGAGUACCCGUAUGCUUCUUGCAUACGACUUGUAUUUUAUUGUUUUAAGCUUUUUAUUUUUAUUUUUUCUACCCUUGCGACGAUGUGCACGCGCGAUCAUAAUGUAUAAUUUAUUAUUCGUAUUGUUUACUUCCAUAAACAACAAUUUAUUAUGGUAUUGUGACAUCAGAUGCUUUUUUUUUUUUCCUUUUGCCGUGUCAGUUUCGCGGUAAAUACAAUUUAACGCGCAACAAUACGCAUACGUACAUACUCGUAUUAUUAUCGGUAUUAUUGUAUAGUCGCGUGUAACCGUAAUUACGCACAUCUAUUAGUAAUAUUAUUGUUUUUUUAUUUUUUUUUUUUUUUUUUUNAUCGGUAUUAUUGUAUAGUCGCGUGUAACCGUAAUUACGCACAUCUAUUAGUAAUAUUAUUGUUUUUUUUUUUUUUUUUUUUUUUUUUGCGAUUCCGGGGCUAGCACUUGUACAACCGCAACGUUCGCUCACGGGUACGUAUAGUACCGCGGUAUAACGUCUGCAGCGGCCCGGUGAAGGUGUGUGUGAUGUGCGCGUUUUGGCUUUCCCUCUUAUUAUAGAAAGCGGAAGGCGCAAAACUUUUACGUGUCUAUCGCCCGUCGAUCGUACCUAUAUGUAUAUAUAUAUAUAUAUAUAAUUUAAUACAUAAUAAUAUAUAAUAGCACGUGCAUCACGAGAACGAUUUGAGAAAACCGAAAAUUCCGCGGUCCGUCUUACCGAAAUUUUAUUGGCAUAGGUGUAUAGCCGACCCGCAGCAGAGAUAGCCUAUAGGUAUUGCUGCUGGUAGGUGGGUAAAGAAAUAUAAUUUUUUUUCUUUCUUUCUUUCUUUCUUGCGCCCGUCCAACACGACUCUCGCGAUUGGCCGGUUACGUCACGUAUUAAUAUUAAAAUAUCGCCCGGAGACUUGAACGCCGGCCGCCGCCGCCGCCGACGACGAUAUAAUAUAAUAUUACAGGUGCACACGGAUUUUACCCGGGCCGCGCGGUUUCAAUCGAUCGUUUUAAAACGUGGUAAAAUCGCGUUUUUAAAUAUUUUAUUGUGUUCUAUUUUAUGUGUAUAAAUAUAUAUAUAUAUAUACAGUAUGUGUGUAUACUAUACCGUUAUAAUAUUAAUUCGUAAUGCGCGCGCCGCGCGAUUGCGAAGCGUAUAUUACACCUAUUUAGACACAUUGCCGUGGUUUCCGGCCCGAGGAAAUCACUAUAGGUAUAUAUCGGUUCCGUGUACUGCGUGCAUGUGUACGCGCGAACGUUAUAUUCUUGUUACAAUAUAAUAUAUAUAUAUUAUACGCAGGCAUAUAAACAUAACGGGAAAUUUCCCAUACAACAAAAAUAAUGCAUAUUUUUUGAAAUUCGUGAAUUCGGAAUGUCAUUUACGCAGGUAUACCUAUUAUUAUUAUACACACACACACACACACACAUAUUGUAAUGUACGCGUAUAUUGUAUACACGCAGUAUUAUAAUAUGUAUAUUGUACACACACACACACACACACACUACCCGUAUACAUAUUAUUAUAUAUUAUGCCGCAUUGCCGCGUAUACAUUCGGUGACAUAACUAUAUAUAUAUAUACAAUAUUUUUAUAAGUGAUAGACAAUAAUUCCGGUUUUAUAUUCGCUUACAUUUUUUCAUUUUUUUUUUUUUCUUUUUUACUCAACAUAUAACCACCGGUCAAACACGUGGAUUCGUUUUUUCCCCCUAUAAAUUGCGAAACGACCGUGACUGCUGCCGCCGUUUGACCGGUAACCAAAGAAGGUGAUGCGCAACUUAUUAUUCGUCGUCUGACGAUGAAUAUAAGUACUUCGUGCGGCGGGGAAAAAUUUAGUUUGUUUUUUAUUUUAUUUUUUUCUUUCCACUUGUCAUUAAAUAAUAUAAUAUAUUAUUAUGAUCUGUUAAUCUUGUUUUUUUUUUUUUUUCUGCGGAGUCGAACAAAGGACGUAGGUAUACGCGCGAUGUCAAUAAUAAUAAUGACGAUGAUAAUAAUAGUUGUAGGUAUACGAAUAUAGAAAACAACGAACGCGCGUGUUAUCGACGACAUCGAAAGUGUAUACCGCUAUUGCGUCAUCCAUUGAGAUCAUUGAUUUUGUUUUCGACAUCUGCGAGCCGGGGACGGGGACAUACAUAAUAAUAUUUAGUUACAUAUUAUAUAGGCGCGAAUAGUCCGAAUAUUUUUUUCGGGGGGGGGGAGGGCCUUAACAUUGAUAAUGUAUAUAUAUACUUGAUUUGGGUUCAGAUGGGUUUUGGAGAGAUUAAGUGCUCCCUAGCCUCCCUCUUUAUUUGCACAUAUUAAUACAAAGUCGUAUUUGCAGUGUAAUUAUAUUUUACGAAUUAACAAGUAUACGCGUCUUCACUUGACAACUAUACAUUAUUCGUAACUUUUUAUUGUUAAUAUUGAAUUUCGAGUAUAUAAUUGCUGUAGGUCCUGUAUAUAAUACAUACGUUCGCGAUCAGUAAAGUAUAGUUACAUAAUAUUCAAACGAAUGUUUAGGAAAAAAAAAACUGUUUGUAAGCAGCUAUAUAAGUAAUGCCUCUAGAUGACAUAAUAAAUUAUAUUGUUACACUAAAUAUUAUAAUAAGUAUAACAAAAAUCGAUAAGCAUAUUUUAUAACAACCGUAGCCACGGCGUUGCUGAGGCCGGAUUUACAUUAUUGAUUUCUCUAAAAUCUUAAUUAAAAAAAAAAAUAUAUAUAUAUAUAUAUAUAUUACAUAUUUAUGUAUCAAAAUGUAGCUGUCAUUAUUAUUCUAAAUAUUCACUAUGCGCCUAGCUAUUCUUUUUAUACGAAUACAAAUAUACCCGAUUAUUAUUAUGUAAAAAAAAAAAAGUAAUAGUAUUUUUAUUUGUAUAUAUAAUAUAGGUACAAUCCUUAUAGUAUAAUUACUUUCAUUUUUAAUUCACUAUUGCAAUAGUUGUGGUAUUAUAUUUUAUCAAUGGUAAAUCGAUAUCCGUAAAAUAUGUAAAUCGCAUAAAUGUUACACCGCGUAAAUUAUUUAUUCAUAUGACGUGUAAUUUAAAUUCUGCAGUAUUUUACGCGUCAUCAUAUUAUACGUAUUUAUAACAUCAAAACGAUAACGCACAUACAGAAAACAAUUCGAAGGUGGGAUAGGAGAGAGGGGUUAAUCGAAAAUAAAAAAUUAAACAUUUCGAUAUUAAUAAUGCAUUAUAGAAGUAUUGAAUUUUUCAAAUUUCAGUGGGGGAAGUUGUGAAUAAUCCCUUACCUACCCACUAUUGUACGUUUUUGUACUAUUAAAUAUUAUUAUAGUUUAUUUAUAAAUAUAUACUGUACGAUGAGUAUUAUUAUUUAUUACAAUAUACGUGUAUUAUAGAGUAGCCCAAGCGGCUAUUUUUGUGUGCACUACGACACACUUUGUACACUACGAAAUCCUAAAAGUAUACUUAUUACAAGAAAUUAAAAUGUGUUCCUACCACCUUCGUUUUAUUUUUUAGUCGAGUCACAAAGUUUCGCAGAUGUAAGGAAAACAUUAGUGAUAAUGUUUGAAUUUUUAAUUUUAAUUUACUUUUAAAUUCAUACUCAUGUAAAUGUAUGUGUACUACGGAGACUUAAAAAAAAGCCACUGAAAAUGGGUAUGGGGUGUAUUCAAUGUAUUUAUAGUUUCUGUAAAUUAUGGGGUAAUGUUUACUGUAAUUACUGCAUACAAAAAUAUUAAUAUACUAUGGAAUAUUUGGGAAAUAUUAUUGAAAAAAAAAAAUAUCUGUAUUACAAUUUUUAUAAUUUUACUUUCACUUUGUACGUAUAAAGUGAACUCUUACCUAAAUUAUAUUGAAUCAUUAAUGAUUAUAAUAUAAUUUAAUAUUUCGGCUAUGUUUUACGAAUUGCAUUAUCAUAAUAUAUUUUUGGUUCAAGAGAAGAAAGGACAAUUAAAUCAAUUUUAUAUAGUUGUUAAUACAAAAGUUAAUUCGAUUUUAAAACUACGUACAUUUGCAUUAGGGACACACACUAAUUACACUCAUACACUCGAGUAAUUUUGACUAAAACAUAUAAGGAAAAAAAGUUGCUGAAAUUGACUUAAGCCAUUAUUCUCUGGGAUUAAAGAUCUAUUAUAGAGUAAAACUGUCAAAGUAAUUAUUGUUAUAAUUGUCUAUAAAUGUUUAUAUAGGUAUAUCAAUUCGUUAUAUUUAACUAUAGGAUAUUCGGUUUUUGGUUAUUAUUUAGAAACCAUGAUUAUAUAGUAUAUAGUAUUAUAAUAAUCUAUAUUUUCAUUUGAAAUAUUAUUCAUUAUUUAAAAAGUAUGAAGCAGUUGAAUUAGGAACCGUUUUUUUUAUAAAAUUUUCUUUUGGAAGCAUACUCGUAUAUUAUCGUCGCCACCAUGCAAAAAGUGACCAAAUUAUUUAAAUUUGUAAACAUAGAAUUUAGAUUUAAAUUGUAUUCAACUUUGAUUUUAAUCAAGAAUUAUGUGUUAAAUGAUUCCUAAAACCAUCGGCAUUCCCAGUAAUUUUUCUAAAGGAGGGGGAAGGUGUAUCGUGUAAAUACUAAUAAUUUAUUGGCAUGUGAGCACUCAAACUACGAUAAAAUAAAAUAAUCCAGUUAUUAUUAAAGAGAGCUUUAUUAUAUUUAUCAAAACUUAGUAUUCUAAGUAUUCUAUGUCUACUAAAUUGGCGCGUAACAGAUAAUGCUUGGGAAAACAAAUUUAAAGUUUUUGGGAUGAGGGACAAGUGCCCCAUCUCGCCCCCUGGGAAGGCGAAUGCCCUAAACUAUUUAUAAAAUCACUUGGGGUAAUUUGUUCGUACAUUGUACACACACACACACAUAUAUAUAGGGAUGAAAUAAGCCAUUUAAACGAGUUUUUACACUUGGUCACUUAUUGCAUGACACGACGAAAUAUGUUGUUGCCUAUUAGCAUCGUCACCUAUCACCUAUCGCAUCUUGUAAUAAUUGAAGAGUUAUCCAAUACCUAUAAAAUUUUUAAAUGAUAUAACACUGACCAUCUUCAUAUACCUAAUAAUUCACAUAACGACGUCUAGGUAUACAGUCUUGUAGUUAAAGUAUAGGUAGACAUUAAAGUAAAUGUAAAAAAAAAAAAAAAACACUGCUUGCUGAAUCACUGACAUUCGCUGUUAUAAUCGCCGUGUGACGCCAUUAUUAUUAUUAUUAUUGUGAACGAUAUUUCGAGACGAACAUACAAACACACACAUUCAUACUGUUGGUAUGCGAGUUAAUCCCGAAAAUGCACUUUCUAGUCUGAGUUAUUUGCAUUCGACUUGUCGAGCUGCUUUUAAAUUGUCAUUAAUCACGUGGUUAUAGUGUUAUGUUUGUAAGAGCACAAUAAUGUUGUGAGCAAUGUAAUAAUAUUACAUACCGGAUGCAAGGUCCAAAAUCCUGCACCAAUGCGUCUGCCGGACGAUAUGCUCAUAAAGCCCAGCAGCAACUUACCUAUACGUAUAUACAGGAGAGAAAUCCGCAGGGGUCAAAUUGUUAACAUUAUAUAGGUACCUACGUAUAAUACGCGUAUAUGCGCGUAAGUACGAACACAUUUCAUCGUAUAAUAGUGUGUGUGGUGGUGAAGAGAAAAUAAGACUCCCACGGAUUGAAAAUUUACGAGCGAUGCAUCUGCGGCAGUACAUAUUUUUCUAUAUUAUACUAAUAUAAUAUAUUAUUGUGAUUCACGAAAAAAAAUAAUAAUAUUUAAUCAAAUAAUAAACAAUGCUCUGCGAAUGACGAACCCACGUUGUUUUUUUUUUUUUUUUUGUGUGUGUGAAUUUACGGCUCGUACCUAUUUUCCAUUCGAUUCGAAAAUAUCAAAGAACUAUACGUAUACACAAUGACGACAGUUUAUAUAUUACAUGCGAGUAUAUUAUAAUAAUAACAAUAUGUGACCGCGACACCACGUGCUGUUGUCGCGGUUAACGCCUCCGCUGUGUAUUAUAUAUAUAUGUAUAAGUUAAUAUGGACGAGAAACACAAAUAUACUUUGUUUUGUUGUACAUAAUAGUAUUUAAACUUCUUCUUUUUUUUUUUUAAUAUUUUACAUACCUAUAAUAAUAAUAGUCAUUAAUCGUUCGGUAUAUUAUGUAUUGUAUCCGCGUGGAGCCGCAUUGUAUACACUGCGUCACUGCAAGUCGAAUUCGCGCUCGCGCAGAGCUAUACACAGACGAAAGUAAAAAUUAAUUUUUUUUGAUUUAUGAUCUAGAAUGUAUUAAUAAUAAGAUCGCGAGAAUAAGAUAUUGUCGAAACAUUUUCGCUCGAAAGAUAUUUGAUUUACUGUGUGAAUAUAUACGGCAUCAAUAUAAUAUUUAUAUAUAUAUAUAGGUAUAGGUAUGUAGAUAUUCCUACUAUAAUAUAUACGAAGGAUUGACAAAUUCCCGAUUUUUUACGUUCCAAUAACUUCAUUAAUUCAAUUAUUUACUGUACUGUCUGAUUAUUACUAUGGUUAGGAAAAUGACUGCAUUAAAAAUAUAUACAAUAAAUGGACAAUAAAAAAAAAACCGAUCGAUUAAUAUCUACAGAAAAAAAAAAAUGCUUUUAAAUUAUGAAAAUGCAUUUAUUAUCGAAAAUCGUAAUAAAAAACAAAUACAACUUCAAUUUUUUUUUGAACUCUGCAUAGACGAAUCAUUUCGUUUUUGAUAAGUUAUGGCUCUAUGAGCUAAACCUGCACUAAGACAAAAAAGCACAAUAUGCAAAUACUACAGAUUCCGAGUUCUGCGCAUUACAACCAUUAUGAUACCUGCAGGAAUCCAACAGUAGGAAUUAUAAAUUUGUGUAUAAUUUAAUAUAUAUAUAUAUUUUUUUUUUGUUCGCCUUUCCAUUAUUAAUAAAAUAUUCGCAAAAACGUCGGUUGUAUUUAUAUUUCUCCCGCGAUGAAUAUAAUAAUGAGUGUAUACGUAUCGUUGCUUCGAGCCAAAAAAUUAAUAUUUAUUUCAUGAAACGCGCGUGCUAUUCGUAUAAAAUAAUACGAUGACUAGCACCGGGUCACCGGCCCUGACUAUCGGCCAUUAACACCUAUAUAUACGCACGUAUAGCCGAUGCGACGAUAUUCUUAUGCAUUUUAUAAAUUGUGAUUCGAAAUGAUUUCCGAAAACCAGUAGCGUAUAUUAUUAAUAAAAUAUAGCAAAUAAAAAAAAAAACCCGUGUCGGUUGUCCGUAUACAUUAAGACGAUAUUUGGUUAACUCCCGACGGAUCAACGCGGCGUAAAACGGUAGGGGGUGAACACAAUAAUAGUAAUAACUAGAUGGCGUUUAGUCGGUAUUACAAAAUAGUACCUAUUUAUAGUUUAAUUUUUCGUUUUCAUUGAGUGUAUAUAUUAAAUACAUAAUUAGUGGCGUAAUUAAAACUUCUUACAAACUUCUUACUUCAACAUACUCUAGACUAACCGAAUAAGGGGAAGUGCAAAAUCUUAGUUGAAUCCCAAUUUUUACGGAUUGGAGUAAAAAAAAAAAGUCUUUACCAAUUUUCAUAUAUCUGUCCGUUCAUUCAUAUUACUUAAUAAGCAAAAAAAAGCCAUUACCUGUUUUUUAUUUACCUGUCCGUCUACUCAAAAUAAUUUCUUGGGCCCUGAUUUUGGGUCCCGUAAUGUCACGUUUCCGUGGCUUAUUGCCCGUCAAGCUACCUUAUUGGUACGUCACACAACUUGAUAUUACUAAUAUCAGAUAAUAAUAGUAUAGUUUUUUUUUUUAAUUGUUUUGUGAUGGGUAUCAUAAUGCGUACUGACGGAUUUAGGGGCAUUGUUUCGGUUAAUGCAAUAAUAUUUUCUAGGCUGGACAAAUUAUUUUUUUACAAAACUUUGGACGCCUCUUAUAAUAUUACAUAUGUACAGGUUUACCUACAACAGUCGGUUUACAACUCUGUGAACUUGUUGCAGACUGCAGUGCGUAAAUACAUCAUACGUACGGCUAUAGGCGCCGCCGUAAGCGUAUAAUAAUAAGAGUAUAUACACUUGAGGUAUUACGUAUUUUUUUUUUCUCGCGCCUUAACAAUCCGGUUGACCUUUAAAUUCCGAAUUUCCGAUUAACCAGAUUGUCAACUUUUCACAAUUUACCUACACCCGGCAUUCCCCGGGUACCUAUAUAACAUACGAUAUUAUAUUAUAUAUUAUUAUAAAACAAAAAUAAUAUUAUUAUAUAGGUAUACCUACGAGUGACGCUGUACAAUUCCUAUACCUAUAUGUAAUCAUACAUAUAUACAGGUAUAUAUUAUGCAUAUAUUAUAUAUUACGAGAAAGAGGAUAAUAUAAUAUUAUACUUAAAGAAAAAAAAAAACUAUCACUUUCUAUACGUAUAUGUAUAAUGUAUCGUUUAACCGCGACACGAAAUACGGUUUUUUUUUUUUGACUAUUUUAUUAUUAUUUAUUAUAACGAAUUUUUUUUUUUCGGUAUGCGACAUUCCUGUAAUUUUGAACAUUAAUAACCCUUCCCGCAUUUAGAAUAAUAUUAUUAUACCUACAUACCUACCUAUAUAUAACGCAUUGUGUGUAGUUUAUGAGCGAACGUGUAAAAAUAUAAGGCGCUUAAUGGAUUAUAAUGCGUAUGGCCAAUACAUAAUAAUAUUAUGUAUAUUCCGACAUUCGGAUUUCAUUUUCGUUGUCUAACAAUGCAAAUUCCGUUUUUACCGACUGUGAAUUUAUUGUUCGUCUUUUUAUUGUCGGCGACCGUGAAUCGCGGGUUACCAUCAUUAUCUAAAAUCGAAAAAAAAAAAUUUAAAAAACCCGUUAACCCCGUUGAAUCGAGUGAAAUGUUUAAAAGCUUUUUUGCGUUUCGGAUUUGAAUUUUUCUUAGAACUCGAUUGAUUUAUAUUACCGACCUUUGUCUCACCAUCAAUAAUACUUGAAAAUGUGCCUUUUUUUACAUGACUGUUUAAAUGUACUCGCAUGUCGUGUCCUCUCGACCGCUCAUUUACAGACCUUAUCCAAUUUUCGCCCAAGCGGUGUGUACAAAUACGCAACAAGUUGCGGUUUUUUUUCGACCAGAGGCGUAGCUAGAAAUAUUUUUUUAUAUAGGCAAAAUAAUAUUAUGUAAACGUUUUGAUAAGAAGAGUACUACUAAUUUAUAUUUUUCAUUUUAAAAUUUUAUUAAUUUUCGGAGAAAUUUUUUGAGUUUUCUUAGGACACACUAUAACUUGUUUCUCGGAGCCGUAACAGGUUUGAGCCAACGGAUAGGUGAAAUUUUUCCAUUGUUUCCCUUCUGCUUUAUCUACAAACCCGUAGUGGUUUUUUUUUAUCGAUCUAGUAGUAGGUUUAAGGUUUAUAGUUGGGGUCAUUAUAACUUUUUCGGUAGCAGUACCAGGUCUGUACCGACAAUUGUAGAUAGGUUUAUGUUUUGUAAAACUCAACUCCUAAAACCAAUGUGGUUACGUUUGCGCGCUUAAGACGAACUCGGAUAUAUAGGGUCUGUAUUUCCCCGCCUACUCCCAUCCCCUUUAAUCGGGGCUUGUAUAGGAACAGCGGGGGGGGGGACAUCGGCCGAUUCGAUUGCGUAGGGCGAAAAAAAUCGCUUUAACGAUAUUAAUGGCCCCGUAGGCCAAAAUAUAUAUAGGUAUCGAAUAUUAUUCGGAAGAUCGGAGGUGCGCGCGUGUCCGUUAUUGUACGAUCGCGGUCAAUGACGCCACAUCGUCGCGCCGCCGCCGUUGACUCGAUAGAAAAAUCCGAGUGCCUUAUAAUAAUAUAUAAUGAUAAUAUUAUACAUACGCAAUAUGGUUUUAUUGUUUGUAUUUUUCCAUUAUAUAUCGCGGUAUACCUAUAUAACUCGUUUACCCGUCAGCCCCCACAGAAUACGAAUGUUUCGUAUUCAUAGCGGCAGACAGCCGCGCGAGCGCAAUGAACCAACAGCUGAUAUUAUAUAGGUAUUACCUAGGUUUGAAAAAUAAUAAUAUUAUAUUCAAAAAUAUUGCGGCCGCCGCGUUGUCACUGCGCAACAUGUAUAUAUUUUUAAAAUUCGUCGAAAAAAAUAAAAAAAAUAAUAAUGAUUUAUCACGUUUGACAACGAUCGAAAUUAUUUCGAAAUUCGCGAGCUGCAGACAGUCUAUGUAGACAAAUAAUAUCUAGAUUUCGUUCUUAUAACAACUGUAUAAACUACCAUGUUACAGUAUUGUAGCCAGUAUAUUGGUAGGUAGAUACGCGUACCUGUGCAGACUUUUACCGCACAUGCGAUAUUAUAUUGUGUACGUGUACGCAACGUUUUGAACGCGAUUGAUUUGUAUUUAUAUACACGCAUAAUAUAAUAUAAUAUACCUAACCUACCUAACUGUAUAGCCAUCGAUCGGAUGUCAAAAUAAUAAUAAUUGUUAUACGUGCACUUGUGGCUCGCAUACCCAUUGUAAACAUUUAGGAAACGCGCUUUCGUUACAUGUAGGUUAUACCUAUCCAUACCUAUAAUAAACCUACUCAAACCCAUAGGGGAUAAAAAAUAUUAUACAUAUAUAUAUAUAUAUAGGUACCUACUAUGCGAAUGCUAUAUGAAUAUUGUUGUAGGCGUCGUGUGUAUCCUGCUAUAUAAUACCAGCGGGUUGUGCAAUUAUUAUGCUCGUAUUUUAACUGCGUGUGUGCAGAUAUUGUUCGCGGCAUAUUAUACCUGGGUAUAUCGAUGCCAUUGUACGGUUUGUUACCUAACAAUAACAUACCUCAUACUCCUAAUAUAAUAUAGAUAGGUACAUAUAUUAUAGCGAUUGGGAAUUAGAUGGGCUGAAGUCUGGGCCUUUUUAUGAUAUUGAGGUCGUCGCGCAGAGAACAUCACAAUAAAUAUUCGAUUGUACCUACUGUGCGGAGUUUUGUUUUUGAUGGAAUCGCAUAGCAAUUAUAGCCUUACACCCAUAUCCAUGUGUCUCGUCGUUCCAUUUGCUCCUUUAUUCGAUUGCCAACAAUAUUCGUUUUGUUAUUUUCAAAUUUACAUAUAUAGGUACUGUUAGUAUGUAGUGUAUUUAUAGAAUACCAUAUAAGCUCUUUUUUUCAGACAAUUUAUAUCCAAAUUUUACUUUUAUUUAUAUAUGAUAUAUAGUAACCUACAUAGUAAAUUAUACUUCAAACCGUAGAUUUUUUUCGAUUUUUUUUCACAACGUGUGAAAAUCGUAAGUUUGAAAUGUAUGAUAUGUGCGUAUGUGUCGACAUAGUAUACGCGUCGUAUUAUAUGAAUUAUAAGAUGUACCUACCUUAUUUUAUUGCUACACGACGUGCAGACUUAAAAUCGUUUGUAUUGAAUCGAUGUACCUAUAUAGAAAGCUUAAAGUGAAAGGAUUGAAUCAAUGAUGGAUUGAUCAUGAUGGUAUACAGCCUCGUCUCUAAUCAUAUAUAUAAUGAUGAUAUUAAAAUAAAAAUGUACAAAAAACACGAAACGGGUCAAAGUUUAGGCAUGACGCGAACAAUAUACGUUCAACUUCUAAUAGUGUGUACGCGUGUAACAGUAUUGCGUAUAAUAUCUUAUCAAGGGUUAGAUAUGUGUAAUGCGAAUGGUACACGCGAAAUGAAUUUUUUUUUCACAAAGGUUCUUUGUAAAUGCAUGCGUCAUGCAUCAAAUUCGAGAAGACGUCGUUUACGUUUAUGUGUCCGUGUAAUAAUUAUUGUUUAGGAUUUUAUAAAUUCCGAUUUACCGAAUUUUAAGUAUUCAGGUGAAUGCGAUCUUUUGCGAUGAUCGCAUAAAGGUCAUCAUAAAUAUUAAUAAUUUAUCGAUCGGCCACUUAUACUUACGAAUAAUAUACGAAACCAAAAUAUGUACUAAUAUAUAUUAUAUAACAUGCAGUCCAAAAAUGAUUAAUAUGAUUAUUAUUGAUUAUAUAUUAUGAAAGAAAAAAAAUGUAUAAUAAAUUCUUUUAAAAUAAAUUCCUAAUAAAAUAUAAAAAAAUAAAACGAAAGUCAGGAAGCGCCUUGAACUAAGUUCUACAAUCCAAUAAUAAACCUUGAAACAAUAUAAUAUAAUAAUUAUAUUUUAUUAAUUGUAACAUAUUAUAUCGUUAUAUAUUUUUUUUUUACUUUAUUACUUCCAUGUUAUUAAACAAAUUCAAAUUCAAAUUUGAUCAUAACUACCUAUAUAUAAUAUUAUAUAACGAUAUAGACAAGAUAAUGAUAUAGGUACGUAUAUUAUCCAGUGUUUUUUUCGAAUAAUGUGUAUAUGGACUUGAUAAUAAAACAUUUUGCGGAUUUGCGUGUGUAAUAAUAUUGUCAAAUAUUUACGUGAUCAAAAACAUAGACAUUGAAAUAUAUUUAAAUGACACAUUACUUUUAACGUUGCGUCUAAAAUCUACAUGUUUUUUUUUCAAUAAAUUUGAAAAAUAUAAAUAUAAUAUUCACUAGGUACCUAUAAUAUUUGAGUUGAAUUUAAAUUAAAAACAGGAAUUUAUAACCUAUUUUUUGUAUAGGAAGUAAAAAGUCAUAUUUUAUUCAAUCAAUUAUAGUAGGUAGCAUACUUUUAUCAUACUUUUUGGUUUUCUUCUCAUCAAUUUUCUAUAAAUUAUAUUAAACGGAUGUGAUCUUAAAAGGGAAUAUUUUAACACUGUAUAACUUUACAACUUUUAUUUAUACUGAAAUAUUAAAUUGGUAUAUUUUAUUGUAUUAAAAAUUAUUUAAAAUUUCAAUACUAAAUACAUUUUUCACUACUUGUAUAUAGUUUAUAUUAGGUAUAUUCUCAUCGUGUUUUAUGUCUGAACGUAAAUUAUUCUGCAGUCCCCUAAUUAUAAUUUAUUGUCUUUGUCAUUGCGGCAAAAUAUAAAGGUAAUAAUAUAUACCUACUCAAUAUUACGUUUAAAUAAACUAAUAAUGUUAUAUGCAUUAGGUGUAAAGUGAAGAAACUUGGUAAAUAUCCAAAAAUAUUACGUAUUUUGUUAUGCCGGUAUAUUAUUACACCGUGAUUAAAAUUUUAAACAGUGUCCAAUUACAUUGUUUUUUUUUUCACUUUUAUUAAAAUAUAGAUCGUACCUAUAUAUAUAUAUUUGUUUUGCCAUUGUUGAAUAAAUUAUAAACUAUUGCGUUUUUAUUUACGAAAGCUUUUUUGAUCAAUAUUCAAUAAUGCAUUAUAUGUUGAAUUAUAUCAUAUCUAUAAAUAUUGACAGAGUGACUUGGCUUUGGAUUACAAAUAUAUACAAUAAAUUACGACUAUUAUUAUAUGAGAAUGAGAAAAUAAUAUAAUAUUUAUUCGAUACUAUAUUAAAAACUUUCACUAUUAUAGAAGUUAGGAGAUUUGACUGUAUGCCUAUUAUUAUCUGAAUAAACCUGAAUGUUUCCGGUGUUUUUUAUUUCAUUAUUACACUUCAAAUCAACCAGACAUAAAUAUUCCUAAAUAAUCAAUUUCGAGUGUAAAAAAAGAUGCCAAAAAUAUAAUAAUUUAUCAUUUAUAAUUUGUCUUUAUGUCUUCAACCGUCGUGAGUUUCGCAUUAUAGAAACCCGGGGAAGGAGGGCUUGAAUCGAUGUUUGGAAUUUUUUUUUUUAAAUCUUAUGUAAAUGUUUCCCUUCUUUUUUUGGUCUAAAUGUCAUUAGUAGUUAUUCCAUUAUGUUACUUAGAAAUAUUCAAAAUUUAAUUUGCUUCUGCUGAAAACUAUACAAAAAUGUAUUUAAGUCCUUCUUAAACCCAAAGAAAUAAUUUCAUAUAUUCUCAAUAAAACUCCAAAUUACAAUAGUCUAUAAUUUUCAAACUAUAAUACAUCGUUUAUUAUUAAAUGCUAUUAUAUUAUCAGAUCUUGUAUUUAUAAUAUGCGUAUGACUAUAUUGAAUAUCAAAAAAAAAAAAAAAAAAAAAAAAAAUUAAUAACAGUACAUCGUCCGACCAGUGUUUUUUUUAAAGAAACGCCUUCAUAUAUAGAAUUACGAGUAUACCCGAAGGUGGAAUAUAUUCGGGCAUUGACAUUGAAGAUAUUAUGACAGUAAACAAGUAGGUGCUGAUGCUGUAUAUUAUACAUAGUACCUGUAUUAUAGUAGGUAUCACUUGUACAGUAGUUACAUUGGGAUUAAAACUAGAACAGAUCAUAUUUUCCAAAACAAGUUGUAUAUCAUCAUCAUAUAUAAUUAAUAAAUCGUUUUUACUAUAAUUACUUUUGAAGGGUGAAGGACAGUAAAUAAUAUAAUAUAUAUUAAAUUAUAGGUACGUAUUUUAUGGUAUGAGAAAUAUUUGUGAGAAGUAUAUACUGCAUAUAAAAUAUAUUAGACCUAGGUAUUAAAAUACGAUUUUGUAUCUUUUAUGUUUGCCGCACUAAUGCGUAAAUCUAAUUUUUUCGAGUAGUUAGUGAUAACUUAUUACAGUAUUAAUUAUUAUAAUAUGUAUAGGUGACAUACGUCGGUGCCAUAAUCGAUUGUGUCUUUUAUUUUUUUUUUUCUAUGUGCAUAUUACGAAGGUAAAACACUUUCGAUAUUUCAUAUUUAUUUACAAUUACGUUUUCAAUUAAUGUCAAUUAAAUUUUGUUUGGCAUACUAUUUUUUUUUGAUAUAUUAAAAAUACUAUAAAUAAUAAAUAUUAACUAAUAUAGUUCAUAACUUAUCAUAACUUAUUAUGGCAUUUUCAAUGUCUAACCCUAGACAAUGAGAAUUCAAAAACCAAAUCAAAAAAAUCCAAUUUCUGUUUAAUAUAUCAAGCUUUUAUUCUUAAUCUUGACUGGCAUGCUUGGCUUUUACAUUUUUACAUUCUAAACAAAUAAAUAUACGAAUAUAUGUAUAAUUUUCAGAAAAAAUUAACGAUAAAUACUAAUAGUUAUUGGAUUUGUAAACCAAUGGGAGAGGGGGAAUAAACUCUAAAUCAAUUCCCCCUGCGCACGCCACUAUUUAUUUAUUUUUAUGGUUUUGUAUAGAAUAUUAUCAUAAUUUAGAAUAUAAAAUAUAAUAUAAGGUAGGUUACUACUUUAUUAUAAUAUAUUAUAUAAUUGCUAGCCACAAAAAAAAUCAUUCAAUAAAUACAUUAAUUUUUUAUGUUAUUUAUUGUUUUAUCAACAAUAUGUGAUGAAUAAUUAAAAUUAUAUUUUAAAAAUAAUAUAUUUAAGUUGAAAAAGUACAUUUCAAAAUUUGUGAACUCUGAACUCUGACAAGCAAAAAAAAUGAUCAACCGUCUAGUAGUUCCACUUUCAUUUCACUGGACAUUUUGGUACAAUGAAUUAUGCGUGAAAGACGUGGAUUGGGUAAUGAACAUCCAAAAAUUAUUUGAAGUGACGACGGCCGCCGAAUUUCUUGAGGCCUAUAGUAAAAUGAAACUACCCUCUACUUUGCCGCAAGGUGCCAGUUACUAUUUUUUCAAAAAAGGAAUACGGCCCAUUUGGGAAGAAGAACCGAAUAAAGGCGCGGGUGCCUGGGAAAUGAUAAUUGACAUCCGUCCGAAUCAUGACCUGAACUUAGUUUGGUCGGAUUUGUUAUUUUCAGUCAUCAGUGACGGACUCAACGAACUAUUAAUGUAUUUAUGUGGUAUCACAUGUAACGUAAGACGAGGUUUCCUCAAAAUUGCAAUUUGGACAGUUAAGAUUACGCCGAAAAAUCACGGGUAUAUCAUACAAAUCGGAAAAAUUCUCCAAAAUAUACAAAAAGUGUAUGGAAUAAAAUCAAUAAAGUAUAAAAUUCACGAACGUUCAUCCUACAAUGGAAUUAACUGAGCAUCAAAAUAAUUUUCAAAAUUUCUUAUAAAAGUUAAAUUAUGCAAUCAUGACUUGAUGUAAGUUAUUUAAAUAUUUAUUCGUUGUUUUUGUGAAUAGGCCACACUAGCACAGUAUUCCACUCCUCCUGCCAAACAAUUUAAAUAAUACUAUAUAUUCUUGAUACUGUUUCCUCAUCUAAUUUUUUUAAUAUUUCUCCAUGAAUCCCAUCUUCUCCGGGAGAUUUUUGGUUUUUUAACCUUAAUAUUUGUUGUCUCAUUUCAUUGAUAGUAGGGGGUAGGCAUUCGCAAUCGUUGGUUUCUACUAGUGUCCAUUCAAAAGUUUCUUCUGGAUUUUCGCAGUUGAGCAGUUGGCCAAAAUAUUGUCUCCAUUUUUCCAACNCCUGUCCUGUUGUCAGUGAACCAUCUUCAUUUUUCAAGAACUUGUUAUGUUUUCUGAAUCCUCCUCUUAUACUGUUUAUUUUUUGGUACAACUGUCUCGUUCUAUUCAUUCUAGAAUCUACUUCUGCUUCUUCCAAUAAUUUCCGAGUAUAUUUUCGUUGUUCAUUUCUGAAUACACUACUUGCACUCUUCUGACAUACUUUAUACGCAAUUUCUUUUUCUAUAUUAUGUUGGUCAUUAAGCCACUGGUUUCUAGCUUCUUUUCUCCGAUUUAGAGCAUCUUCACACAUGUCGUUAAACCAUGGUUUUCUUACAGCUUUUACUUUUCCGAUUUCUGACUCUGUCACAAUCUUUAUUUUAUCUUUAAUUUUUUUUCAUUUUACAUCAAUUGAGUCAUUUAUACCUGCAUCUAUCUUCCUGAUUUUUUCCGACAUCUGAUACUUGAAUCUGUCACAUGUAUUCACAUUGUUUAGUUUAGCUGUGUCAUAUUUGUCUACCACUAUUCCUUUUUUCCGAGUAACCUUUUUUAUUUUGACUUUCAUUUUUCCUUUCACCAGAUAGUGAUCCGAAUCACCAUCGGCUCCUCUCAUCGUUCUUAUGUCUUGAAUACAGUUUUUGAAUCUUGUGCUCACUAGAAUAUGGUCGAUCUGGUUGACACACCUUCCAUCUGGUGACAUCCAUGUUCCCUUAUAAAUAUUUUUAUGAGGGAACAUUGUGCUUUUCACUACAAGGCCAUUUCUACAUGCAAAAUCAAUAAGUCUUAAUCCAUUAUCAUUUGUAACCUCGUGCAGGCUGUGACUACCAAUUAUUGGUCUGAAUACAGCCUCUUUACCAACUUUUGCGUUUAGGUCACCUAAGACUAUUUUAAUUCUGUAUUGAGGUAAUGCAUUUAAUGUUAAAUCCAAGCACUCAUAGAAGUCAUCCUUCUCUUCCUNCAAUUAAAUUUCAAAGUCAAUAGCCACCACACUCGUAACAACCAUUUGUUUUAUAUUUCUCAUUCAUCUAAAAAGUUUACGUCAUACGACCCCAUAAAUAUUUUAAUGUCUUCGGGAAAUAGUUAAUUAUUUUAUUAAACAUUGAAUGUAUUUUUAUUAUUAUAUUCAUUAUUAUUAUUAUUAUUAUCAUUAUCAUUAUUGUUAUUACUAUUAUUCGAUGUAUUAAUCUUUACAUUUUUUAUUAUGUUAUAUUUUAUUAUUGUAAAUUGUAUUAUAUUAUUGUUAUCUAUACAAAUAUAUUGUGAAUUGGACUUUUGUCCGUAUUAAUAAAUAAAUAAAUAAAUAAAUAACAUAAUGUGUAUUUAUGUAAAAAUUUAAAAAUAACAAUUUUAUUCAAUAACAAGUAUUUACUCAGUAAUACUUAUAAGUAUAAUAAUAUCGUACCUACUGGUAGUUAGUAAAAAAAAUGCGCAAUUUAAAUAUAUUUUUACAUUGAAAGUUUACCGUAUGUGCAACGUUUAGCUAACUUAUAAUUAAAAAAAAAAAAAACGUAAUCAUUAUAAUAUGAUUCUGAUGUUUAUCUGUAAUUUUGUGUAGUAAUUAAGUCUGUGUUGAUAUGUUUAAAAUUAACUAUUUAGCGUAUACUGUACCCAUAUACUAAUUUACCAUGUAUUAAUUAAAAUUAACACGUUACGUCUUGUAAUAUCUAUUAAAAUUAGAACCACGAUUUUACUCAAAAUAAAUUAGUAUAAUAAAAAAUAUAAAUAGGUACACAUAUCGUACCUACAUAUAUAAUACAUUCAUACCAUUUUAUUUAUCAGUAUAAAACUAGGUACAUUUAUAAGAAUACAACAAUAGUAAUGAUAAGUUAUUAACAUAGGUAUGUAAACCUACGAGUAGAUGUUUUCCUUUCAUCAGAUACAUUUUCAGAUGCAUCAAAAUAAUAAUAGAUAUUAAAACAAAACAAAAAAUACAAAGAAAUGUACACAUAAUAAUACAUACUAGGUAUUAUAAUUAUAAUACAAUUAUUAGAAUAAUACUUUACCAUGGAUUUAACAAUCUAGGUACCUUCCUAUUAUACUCGUAACAUGUCAUAUUUAAAUUAUACAAUUUAAAUAUUAACAUAAUGUAUAGUAUAUUUUAUGUACUUGUAAUAUAUUCUAUAGAUGCAUUGUAUGGAUUUAUAUUGUAAAAACCAGAAGUAUGUCGAAAAAAAAAAAUGUUUACGUACCUAAUACAGAUUAUUAGAUCUAGAACUUAUAAAGGGUUGAUAUCAUCCAUAAAAUCUAAUGAAAUUGGAAUUAAAUGUGGCCUGCGCGUUUUUUUGCUCAAAAACAUGACUUACGGGAAAAACUUUUAUCCUGGUCCAAUUUUGAAGAAUAUUUUUUUGUUGGAAAAAGAACGAUUUUCUAGCAUUUACCUCCAUUUUUCAAUAUUUUUAUCUCAAACUUUACAAUAUGUCUAUGAAUAAAUGUCAAUUUUAAAAUUUUUUUGUACCUACUGACUUUUUUUAUACCUUUAUUUAAUAUCAAAUAAAAAAAUCGAAGUUCAACAUGGGCUGUAGAAUAUUAUCGUUUAUGAAUUUGAAAAGUUAAAACAAAUUUAACAAUGAAAAUGAGUUAUCUCUAUAUUCCCGUUAAGUUAUAUUGACCCAUAAAACGGCAUUAAUUUUUUCCCUUAAAUGGCCGGUAUAAGGCAGGGAGAGCCUGAUUAACCAAUAGGCUGAAAAGAUUUCAGCUUAGGAUGCCUUUAAAUGGUAGGAGGUGCAAUAAAACAAUUUUUUUUAAAUCGAGUUUUUUCAAACUUGUAUCUCCUAUUUUGGGGUAUACGGAAGAAUUUUUAGGGAGAGUACCGAGGAUUAGGUGGGUGAUGAGCAAAAAAAAAAAACAAAAGGUCAUCGCCAAAUCAAUCCCAGCCUACUGAUGAAAAAUCCAUUAACCAGGCCCUGCAGGCCGAAGAUUAAAAGGACAGUUCUUAUAACUAUAAGAUGCCAUUAAAAUGUUAAAAAUAAUUUUCAAAUUUUAAAUAUUCAGAUAUAUAUUCUUUUAGCUAAUGUACAUUUUUUCUAGUCAUCUACUUUUACAAGUAGCCAGUUAUUAGAAUUUAAAAAUUGUAUUACGAAAUAAAUACCUUCAUUAGAUAUUUGUAAAAGAAAAUAUAAUCAUUAUAAUAUACAAAAUGUAUACAUUGUAUAUAUGUCAAAAUUGUUAAAUCGAAGAACAUUCCAAUAUAUAGGUUAGGUUAAAUACUAGGUCUUAAAUACUUAGGUAUUCUUAUUAUGAUUUAUGAUAAUGACUAUUAUUAUUAUUGAUCUAAGGACUAAGCUAAUCUUAAAAUAAUGAUUGGAUAAUCAAAACUAAUAUAGUUGAUUGUUGUUUUAUUUUUUUACAUAGAUUUGCUGCACAAACAAUCAGAAUGCACAAAAAUCAUUUGAUAUUUCCACUUCUCAGUCUUUUAGUUGUUACUUAUGCAGCACCAGAAGACAGAAAGAAAUUUGUUCGAGUCAUCACUGAACCGAAACCCGGAGAAGAAUAUGUUAGUAUACAAACCGGAAAACCUUCAUCAGGCGUUCAAACGAAAUCUUCAGGUAUAGAAUUAUUGAUUUUUGUAAUCAAAAUAGGUAGGUACAAAGAUAAAUUUUAGACCCUAUUUCGUUUACAGACAGCGAUAUCCAUGUGAAUAUCCAAGACGAAGGACAAAUAGGAAUAAAAGAAGUCACUGGUUCAAUCCCGGCAGAAGAAAAAAUUUACGUGGUACGCGAUAUGCUUAUAAAUAAAUUGUGAACACUUACUGCUGGAUAUAAAAUAAUUAUUACACCCACACCAAGGGUCAACGUUUAGAUAAUAAUGAUAAUAAUAAUAAUAAUAAUAAUGAAAAAUAGGUAUUCACCGUAAUGGCGUAAUAAUUUUAUGUAAGGCAUAAUUAUUGCGCGUAAACUAAUUUUACAUUAAUGCACUCACAAUAUAAUAGAAUACCUGUCUUCUCCGGAGAUAAUAGUUUGAAAAAAUACCUAUAUAAAUGCGCCGGGCACCCAUCAUUAUAACGUUAUUAUAUUAUGAUACUCGUGAAUAUCUAUAGAUAUAAGUACUUAUAGGUACGUAGGUACUUAUAUUAUUUUCGUAACAUUAUUUUGACUAGCGUAAAAUUUUUUUAGUGUAUUACCUAAGUCAACUUCGUGUAUAAUACAGUUAGUAAGUAUAGGUAUUACCGUACCGGUAGUAAAAUUAACCGAGUAUCUACUAUAUAUAAAUAUUUAUUCCUACAAUGGUAUACUAGAUAAUUAUUUAUUAAACACCAUUUGAUUAACUAUAUUGUUCCUAGUAGAUAGGUAAAAUAAAUAAAUAUUAAAAACAAGUCCAUCGCCAUUAACCAUAUUUAAACUGUAUUCUAACCAAAAUAUUAUAUGGAAUUAAUUCCAAGGGCCAGUAUAUAAUACCAGAUAUACAGACUGUCCAGCGAAGAUAUAUCCCUUGAAUAUCUCCGGAGAUGAUAAAGAUAAUCAAAUUUUGAUUUAUUUUAUAUUGCUCACAGGGGUGAGGACUACAAACAUUUAUUUUUAAAUUGAUUUGUUUUUUUUUUUUAUUAAAAAAAAUUAAAAAAAUAACUUUUUAUUUUAUUAUUUUUGGACAAUUUUAAGAUUGCCAUGCGAUAGAGUUUAUUUUUCUGAAAAUUUUAAUGCAUCACACAUUUAUAUCCGAUGAAUAGUUUCUAAGUAACUGUCGUUUUAAAUUCUACUAAUCCGUGUGAAAAUCAAUGUUAUUUAGGAAAUAACAUAACCGCGUUACGCGAUAACAUCAGUUUUCACACGGAUUAGUAAAAUUUAAAACGACAGUUACUUAGAAACUAUUCAUCGGAUAUAAAUGUGUGAUACAAUACAAAUUAAAAAAAAAAUAAACUCUACAGAAUAGUUAUCUUAAAAUUUUCCGAAAAUAAUAAAAUAAAGUUAUUUUUUAAUUUUUUAAUUAAAAAAAAAAAUGAUUCAAAAAUAAAUAUUUGUAGUCCUCAUCCCUGUGAGUAAUAUAUAAAAAAAAAAAAAAAAAAAAAAAUCAAAAUUUGAUUAUCUUUAUUAUCUCCGAAGAUAUUCAAGGGGUAUACCUUCUAGGGACAGCCUGUAUAUAGGUAUAUAUAUAAAAUAGUUCACCUUUAUAUUAAAUUUGUUCGGAAGAUAAUUGAUACCCACCUAUUUGUUUAUGAUUGUUUAUUUCUUUUUUAGCAUAAAAAAUUAUACCCAUCUAACGAAGAUGGACCCAGACGAUUAAAGCAGGAAAAAAAAUUCUCUCAAGUUAGUUCAGAUGAAAUUGUUCCUGACAGUUUUGCGAUUAAGCCGAUUAACAAACAAAAGUAGGUUGAGACAAUUUAUAAGAUAAACCUAGUCAACAUUAUUCACUAAAAUACUUUAUUAGGAUUAAGCGAGAUGGGGAAAUCACAACUCAUAAACCUUUAAAAGUCCAUGACAAAUCAAGUAACAGUAAAGACGAUGAGGGCUUAUAUGAUUUUGUGGAUUCUCCAUUUGGAGGCCAACUUGUAGCUUCUGCUUCUUCUCAAGCAUCCAGAGUGAAUAUUAAAAAAGCACCAAAUGGUCAAGAAUAUGAAUAUGAAUACGUCUAUUACUAUUACGAUGAGGACGAAGAACAUAAUGGAAAACCUGGUUCUAAAAGUAAAUUUAUCUAAUUAUGUCGAUAGGUAUACCUAUGCAAUUACAUCUAAUGUUGUAAACGACUUUUUAAAAUCUUAGCUAGUCAAAGUUCGUCAAAUACUCCCCCAGCUUCUCAACAAACGAAUUCAAGAUCUAAAGAAAACAACAAAUCCAAAAAACCAGCUGUGGCACAAGAAGAAAACAAAUUUAUUCAAAGUACAAAUAAGGGCAGGUUAGUAAUAUUUAAUUAUUUAAUUAUUAACAACACCCAUGUGGCUAGUGGCUAUCUAACACAAAUCUAAUUGGUGGCGUAUUUUCAAUUUUUUUUUUUUUGGACGGGGGUUCCAACAAGUUUUUGAAUUUCAAUAUGAUAUGCAUAGGUACUAAUAUUAGAAAAUAGUUAUAAAUAGAUUAUAUGAAUAAGAAAUGAUUAUUAAUAGAUAUUAAAAAUAGCUCUAGGUCUGAUUUUAACAAAAUUAAAAAUGUCAUCACCGAAAUGUAUUUAAAUUAAAACUUCAUCUAUUUAUGGAGUUUAUUAGUUACCUACCUCUAUGGUUUAUUUUGUUUCUAUACAUAUUUUAUUUCUUUACAACCCAUGUGAGUCCUUCCAAUGAUCUGUGUCCUCUAUUACCAACCUCUGAUUCAUUAAUCCUUAUUAAAUCCUUCACCCUGUCCAUCCAAUGUUGCUAUCUUUUUCUCAUCUGGAUUACUGAUUAGGACUUUAUUUAUCAGAUCAUGUUUUGCACGCAAUGCAUGCAUGUCCGAGCCAUACAAUUGUUUUGGAUCCCACGAAAUGAUGGAUGUUUGGCCUGCCGAACAGGAUUCCAUGUUUGAGUUUUCCCUUUUCUCAUACCUGUUCUUCGCUAUUUGGAUUUCUUAUGGGUUCACAGAUACUUCUCAGGACUUUUCUUUCAAACCUCAGCGAUUUUUCUUCGUCACUCUUUGUCAUUGACCAUGUUUCGCACCUAUACAUGGGAUGAAGGUGUGUGGUAUAGUUUUAUUCUGGACUCUUUGGAUAAUACCUAGUCUUGACUUAAACAUCCUAUUCAAGACAAAGUAAUCAUGAUUUUCUACAAUUAUUUUGAGAUUUAUCUCACUGUGCAUAUUGUUUAUUAUAUAGGUUACUAGAUAUUUGAAAAUCAAAAUAAGAGUGAAGUCAUUUUUUCAAAAAUAAGUAGGUAUUCCAUAGACCAUAAUAUAUAUUAUAUAUUUAUCUUUUCCCCUAUACUUUAAGACUCUUUUAGCGGCACCUUCCAGACAAAAUGAAAUCAAAUUUGGAAUUUUUUUAUAAAAAGAUGUGAAUAAAAAAUAUUGGAUUGAAUUUCAAUAUGUUGUUACAGGAUGAGGGUAUUUUUGAACUUUUUAAAACCACCUAAGGAACAAUCAUUUGUAUAUGUGUGGUGUUAUUAUCAAAGAUGCACCUUUUAGAAAUUUAAACUUACUAACACAAUUUUUAUUUGGAACUUAUAAAGUUUCAUAGUUAUAGCAUAUUACAGUAAAUUAUAUUAUCCAGAUAUUUAUUGUUUUUGCAAAAGAUAUGGGGGGAAAUUUAAAUUUAGUAAGGAGCUUUAAUGAUCACAGGUGCUUUUCUCAUAAAAUACUUAUUGAGUUAGUAAAAAUGCUCACAUUUAGUCAUUUUAUACCUAACCUACCAUAAGAGAUUCAAAUUUUUCACUCUAUUUUAUUUUAAAUAAAAUGUAUAAUUUCGCACAGUAUUUUUUAAAUUAACAAUAAACAUUAAUACAUAGGUUUUAUUAUUUGUGAUUUAUAGAUUACUUUGGCUACAAGGAAAUAAACACGGCUAAUAAUACUACUUUAAUAAGAAUUUUUUUUUUUAUUUCAAUAAUUUAUCAUUGAUUUUAAUAUAGAAAUUAAAUUGCCCUAUUUACUACACCUUUCAAAAUUCAAACUUCUCAUCUAUUACAAUGGCCUACCCAUGAUGUAUAUCCAGCUUUUUAAUAAUACUAAGUAGAUAGGUAUUUAUGAAUAUAAAAGAAAAUACAUACCAGUUUUCAUUAACAGUAAUUAUUUGAACGUUAUUCGCAUUUUAACAUUAUGACAUUAUGAUUAUUAGAUAAAUUUAUUUAAAAAUACUAUAGUAGCUAAUAGCUCUAGUGGAAAGUGAGUCUGUGUUAAGUACUGCCGUGUUAAUACUUCUCAUGAUAAGAACAAUAGAAUAUAUAAUAUUUUAUUAUUAUUGUUUUGUAAUAUAAAUAAUAUUUUAAAUCAAUUACAGAUAAUGUAUUUGAAAUUUUUUGGAAAUAAGUUUUGAAAUAUAAUUUAAUUACUUUCUUAAAAUGUAAUUGCAAUAUUUUUCCACUUUUUUAGAAGACUAUCAAAUUGCAAAAUAAUAGUAUGCCUAGGUAAUGUUUAUAAUUAUUAAUUACUAUUGUAUAGUGUAUACAAUGUUAGUUACAAUAAUAACUCAAUAAAACUAGUUUUGAACAUAUUAAGUAUUAAGGUUGAUAAAAUUAGAAUUAAUGGUAAAAAAAAACUUUCUACUCUUAAUACAAAUAAUUUAUAAACUAUAUAAUUAAUAAAAAUGUUCAGAUAUUUUUAAUUAAUGACAAUUUUAAUUUGAUUUGUAUCAUAAUUUAUGGACAACAUAACUAUAAUGUAUUUAAUAUUUGUAUAGAUUUACUCCAGUGGAACACACUACAACUGAUGAAUCAGAGGGGCACACUAACUUUGCAAUUAAUGAUAUUACUGAACACAAUAAUAAAAUAAAGUAAGUGAUUUCAUUACAAAAUUUACAAAACGAUGCAGUAAUGUGUAUAUAAAUUAAUUUAAAAAUUUCUUCUUAACCCUGCAGUAAGAUCAAAUAAUUUAGGGUAACAAAUUUCUCCAUUUUUAUCUAAUGUAUAGUGAAACCAUUUUCCUUUGACUUUUAAUGGUAUAUGUCGUCCACGAGCAGUUCUUCCAACUGUACAACUAACCUGAAACAAUUUUAUGAACAAUGUAUUUUUUAAAGUAAAACAUCAAAUAAACGUUCAAUAGUGUAGUAUAAUAUUCUUAUAUAAUAUUAAAAAAAAAUUACUUACCGAUUCCAAAGGUAAAGAUGUUGUUAUAUUUCUGUUUAAAAAACCGUAUGACGUUAUUCUUAAAUGUUCACCUCCUUUACAUAAAACUAGGAUUUUUACAGAUUUCAUAGUGUAGACAACACAUAUUGCAAUUAGUGUUGUACCUUUAAAUAAUACAAUAGGUAUUUGAAUUGUACAGUUAUACAAAAUUUAACUACCUACCUAUUUUUAAAUAGUUUUAAAUGAAUAACUUACCCAUGCAUAAACAAGCAAUUGGAAUACCAAGUGUUAUAAUUUUUCCUUUCGAUUUUAAUUUUUCCAUCCAUUGUAAUGCAUGUGAAUCAUCCUUAGGUAUUUUGUUUAAUAAGACGUUAUACGAAUCUGCGACUGUAAGCCAAAAUCCAAAUUGAAUAAUCGAAAAUACGCUUAUUAUUUUGAAUGUUUUAUCACUAGACGAUUGGUAUAAAACUACAUCUUUAGGGACGUUUGUAUUUAAAUUAAAUAUUGAUUGUUCAUUGAAAUUUCUUUUACUAAAACAUUUAAAUUUAUCCAACCGAUUUUUGUACAAACUAUUAAACGUGUUGAACGAAUUCAUAUUAAACGCUCGAUUAGACACGAUACAUUGAUAACAAGGUACACGAUUAAGAAGCCGUUGAAAAUUCAUUAUAAUAAAUAAAAAGUUAAUGUCAAAUUAGUAAAAUAGUUCAAAAUAAAAUAUUAGUACAAUAAAUUAUGGAUUACGGUGUUUGAGAAAUUGAAAUUCCAAAUGAUAACGAUAAGCGACUUAUCACUAUUGCAUCACUGAGAUUUAGACAAGUAGGACAAGUACAUUUUGUACGGUUAACCAGUUUAUCCAACGACCGACAAUCCAUAAUAUAAUACCUGAAGGUCGUUCAGUUUCGUUUAGCGUUGGCCAUUAGGAAUGACGUUAGGUACCCACACUAUAGAGAUCUUCUCAACGACAUGAUAUUACGACAGAUAAUAUCAUAAUGUUAUCGUGGUAUUACCUAGUAAAAAUUAGUUUUUCAAUUGGAUACGUAACUUCAAAAAUAAAGGCGGUUAAGUACAAAAGUAUAGAUACUUACUUAAAGCAAAUAAAUAAAAAUGAUCCAUUUAAAAAGUAACUAAAUUUAUAAUAAAAAUAUUACUAUAGUUUAUUAUUUAGAUCUAUAAAAGAUGAUGCGUUGAAGAGGUGCAAAAUAACUAAUACGAGUAAAAUUUAUCACUAGUAGAACUUUAGGACAGCUAAUUUUAAGAUACCUAUCUAACAAAUAAUUUUAUAGGUAUAGAACUAACCUAAACAUGACUAAAUUAUAUUUUUUAUCAUGAUAGGUAGGUACCGAUAUUUAUUUUAGACGUGCGUUUUCUAAAUGGACGUACGUAUCCCAAUAUAGAUCGAAAAUUAUUGAAUAAUUUGAUUUACUAUUUUUAGAUGUAUUUAGGAUUGUGGACGCUUUGAUAUAGGGGAGCUUGAGCCCAAGACAUUUUUUUUUUUAUCAUUUAUUUAAUAGAAAUGAUCGAAUUAAAAUAGUUUUUAUUUAUAAGUGAUGAAUGAUUCCUAGGUAGGUAAUACGUAAAUACUUAUACUUACAUAUAAUUCGUAUGAAUACUUUCACUAAAUAGCCAUUAAAAUAAAGUAGAUACCUAGCUGACAGUAUAUAACUGACAGUUAUUAGAAUCUGAACAGUAAAAUACCUAUGUAAUAUUAUCAACUUCAAAUGUUGGUCAUGAUUAAUAUAAGCAAAUACCUACUAUAAAAUAUUUUAAUCAAUCGCUAUUCUCUAUAAUUCUUGAAGAAGUUUGUUACUGAUUCAAAUUUUUUUACAAAAAUACUUUCGUUUUUAAAUAAAAUAUCUAAUUUAAAUAGAAUUGAAAUCACUUUUUGUUCGUCAUGAAUUAUUAUUGUAGGUAGGUACAUAGGCAGUGCUUAACUUGUGGAAGGGAGGUGAAGUACGUCAGUUAAUUUUUCAGAGAUUUUAGCGUACCUCUACUUACUAUUUUUUUUCAGUAAGACGUGUAGGACGGUACAUAACUUUGCAUUUUCACACAAAUUUGAAUUUUAAACCUUUGUUAAAAAAAAUUAAUACACUACACUAAACUAUUUUUUCUUACCACUAAUUACAACGGACUGUAAACUGUAAAAAAAAAUAAAAUCGAAUAUAACAGAAACCGUUAUAUUAUAUGAAUAUUCCAGUUUUCUCGAUUUUUUUUUUUUAUUUUUAAGAAAACUCUAAAGAAAAUAAAAAGCAAAUAACCAUCUUAUUGCACUAACUAAACAACACCCCUCAAGUUGAUGAUCGGAAAUUCGAAGCAAGAUUUCUGUGCAACAAAUAUAGUAAAACCGAUACACAUCUAAGCAAAAACUUAGCCUGCAAUAGUGUUAUUUUUUAAAUGAUACUAAAUUCGUUUACUUCAUUAAAGUAAAUCAAGCUAUACGAUUUAAACAAUACAUUUUCUGUAUAAAUUUAUUUGUAUCAUAUUUUAUUAAAUAAUAUACUUUGUAAUAUUAAGCAUUAUACAUAUAACUAAUAUAUUAUGAUUUAUUUUUUUAGAGAAUCUGCACGUAAUCUAGAAGAAGCUUUAUCAGUUCCAUCAUCUUCUCAGGCUGUAUCCGAAGAACGUCUUCCGCCGAAUCCUAGAUUCCCUGCUCGGUCUCGUGGCAACACUAAACCUGCUCAGGAAUUUGCAACUACUAUUUUGCCUGCUACAGAUACUCCAAUUACUCGUAUACGGUCAAAUCAUGGUACAUAAUGAUAACGCAUAAUUUGUAUUGAAAUGUUUAAUAUUGCAAUUUUCAGCAAUAUUAAUUAUUUUGUUUCAGGCGCAACGCACCAGCCAGGUUUGGAUUUAGUAGACAGCAGUGCAUUUAGAACUCACUCUAGUAAUGGACAACAUACGGCUACUUCACCGAGACACGAAAGUAACAGAGGUAUUAAAUAUAUAUUUACCUACUAUGAACUAAUACUAAUAAUAAUUAUUGAAAUAUGUGUUUUGAAAAGAAAUUUAUUUUGUAAAUACGUAGAUUGCUAUGUUGUCGCUGUAUUAUCUAGGUUAUAGUACAAGCGUAAACAUUAAUAUCGUUUAAAGUUUAAUUUAGUGGAUUAAGGGUUAAUAAUUGACCAAAAAAAUAAUUCACUUAUUACCUAUGUUAUGUUUAAUGAUAUUUAUUAUAGGUACUUAACAAUAAUUAUAAAUGAUAAAUGGACAAUCCGUUAUACUGUUUUAGUGCAUAUAUGGGUGCGAUUGUAAAACUAAUAUUAUCUAUCUACUAUAUUUUGUACAGACCAAAAAUUAUAUUUUAAUUAUUAAUUUACUAUUAUAAUAUACAUAUACGGGUACAUUUAAUGGACGUGUAUGGAUAAUAAUAUAGAAGGCCAGUAUAAGGACACGCCAAGACGAGGCUGUGUGAGGUUAAAACUGGCGAAAAUAAAUAUUUUCAGAUGCUGUGGUACAAACGACGCCAGCAGAUCAAGUAGCAACUAUUAAUAACGCUUAUAACACUCAGCUGACAGAAACAGUAGCGUCAGUAACAGAAACUGUUAGCUUAGAUCGGAAUCAAGACAAUACCGAUGUGGAUACUAAGGGGUUACCAUUGACGACAACAUUAACCCCCGACGAGGUCGUUACUGUCACCCAUCGUUAUAGCCCAGGUUCGCGACGGACAUAUGCUAAUAUAAGCUAACAAUACUGACAUUUUACAGCUUUUUAAUCACAUUUCUGAAAAUGUUGCUUCAUUUUUCUAGCUUUUUAACUUGCUAAAGUUAACAACUUAUUGAAUAUGUCUUAUAUUAACAUAAGUUUUGUGUUUCAAGUUACUUGAAAAUCUUUACAUAUAAAAAUGCUGUAGAUAGGUACUUAAUUGUAACUAUACACUAUACCUAUUGAAUAAUAUCAAAAUAAAAAUUUAAUUAUGACUAAAUAAACUAAUAAUAUCAUACAGUUUUCAACAGUGUUUCCCAACUUAUUUUACUUACGGAACCUUUUCAGGAACUUGAAUAUUUGGCGGGACCCUCAUUUUUUUUCAUAACCACAUAACGCAGACAUAUUUUUUAGAUACUCAAAUGAGUGGGUAAUUCGAGACGUCUGGAAAAAUGGAAUACAUUUUCAUAGCAUUUUAUAGAACUUCUCAAUUUUAAUUAUAAGAAAUAAUCAAAUUAAAAUAUUGUUUACUAAUAUAUUUUUGCCAAAAUUCCUCACAUCACCUUUGGCGCUGGUUCAAGGAACCACUGGGUUCCGUGGAACAUCAGUUGGGAAACACUGGUAUACAAUAUGCAUGGUUUAAUAUUACAUUUAAAAUACGUAAUAAUUAUUUAAUUUUUAGAUGAAAAAACAAUUGGUUGAAUAAUUAUGAAAUUAUACAUUAAAUAUUUAUACACCAUGUUCGAUGGAAUUUUCUAGACCUGUUAACAUUCAAUUUUAAACUCGAAUCGUAGCGAGGAAUAUUGGUUGUAUAAUGAUGUUUAUUAUUUUAUCUGUGAACAACUUUUAGCCAGAAAUCUUGCUCUGAUUUUCAAGUGUAGUACCUUUUCUGAAAGGAAAUUUCAUCUGGGUGAUAUAUUAGACAAACGAUUUUCAUAAUAAUUGGGAAAAAUGUAAAAAAAAACUAGAAAAUUUAAGAACAAAGAACAUAUAAAAUAAACUUCGCUUUUGUUAACAAUGGUUUAUCAUUACGAACACAUAUAAAUUAAAUUCCCCUCUAUAUUCUAAUUUCCCAAUUUUUCAUCUACAACAGUGGCUCACCCACUAUGCGAAAUAUAUCUGUCUAUCUUUAGAUUUGUUUUUCUUUCAGGGGAUAUCUAUUUAGAGAAAAAUUAGAUUUAUGUUUUUAUUUAAAUGGCUUACAAUGGUAUACAACAUGUUGUAAGGUGAUUAAAUUAAAAGUUUUUUUUUUUUUGAAAGAAACUAAAUUAGGGGAUGAAAAUAAAAUUUUAGUUUUUCCAUAAACAUAUGUCUUGUUUAAAGAAAACCAGAUUGAAAAAAAAAAUGAAUUUUAGUAGUUUAAGAAAAUCCGUUGUACACCCUAUAUGCUGAUAAAUUCUUUAGAUAUUUUUUUAGAAAAUGUAUAUAAUAAUUAAAAUAUAUCUAUUCUCUACAUAAUACUUCAUGAUAAUUUAUUUUCCAAUUUUUAUUUAAACUUUAAUUAUUAUUAUACAUUAGUUCGAGUCUGUGCUAGAAAAAUUAAUAAUGGAAUCAAUUAUUUUGUGUAAGAUAAUGGGAGAAUUUGAGAGAAACAAUAAUAAUGUUAAGAUAGAUGUUCAGGGAACUUGGUACCUAUGUUGAGAGAAGAACAAUAAUAAGAUAGUCAUAAAGAUAAUUGAGUUAAGUGUAGAGGGCAACUGCUGGAGAAGAAGUAGACUAAAAAUUUAGCUAAGUAUUAAUAAAAGAGAUAUGACAACAUGUGAAGUGGAGAGUAGAUGGAUAAAUGGUAAUGGAUAGGGAAAUAUGAAAACGAAAAUAAAAGUAGUUCUAGAAGAGUAUGUAGAAUAUUUACAUUUACCAAGGAAUUAUAGGCAUUAUCCAUUAAUAUUUCAAUCUGCUAAAUAAAAUAUUUAAAAAGAGUUAUUAGUAACCGGUAACAAGUAGGUUAUUACCUACUUUAUAUUGGAGAACACUAAUAUUUACAUUAUUUAGAACAAAACAAAUAUUAACUUUAAUAAUAAUAUCAUUUCUUUUUUAGUUUAUUUUUUGUAUAGAUACAUUUUACAUUAUAAAUGAAAUUAGUUUUUUAUCAUUUAAAAUACCAUUUAGCUUUUUAUAAUUUAUACAAUUAAGUUUAUAAAUUUAAAAAAAAAAUUGAGUUGGGAAUUAUUUCUUGUUUACAACUUUCAUUAACCAUCAUCAAUCAUUAAAAUUAAGAGAGUGUCACUUUAUAACUUUUUGUUUUAAUUUUUACAAGUUUAAUAUAAUAAGUCAGAUUUGUUUUAUUAUAUAAGAUUAUAAUUACAAUAGGUUUUGAAGUAAUGUUACAGAUUAUAAUAUUAAUAUAAUAUAGGCACCUACAAAAUAAUUAUACAUAAAUCCAUAAUUUCCAUAUUCAAUUUUUGUAUAUGAAUAAUAACUAAUAAGACAAAAAAUUAAUUUAAAUGUCACUGUUUUGAUUUUAUGAAACAAAAUGUUUUGUUUAAUGUGUUAAAUAUACAAGAUAAUAUAAUGAUUGCAAUAAUGAAUAUGUUAAUGUGACAUCCUCUUAAUAAUAACAUACAUUUGAUAUAUCUUUUAUCAAAUUCGGGUAGGUAAUUCGCAUAUUACAGCAUCAUUUUUUUUAUAAAAAUAUUUGAAUUUGUUAGGAUCAACUGACAAAGGGGCAGUAGACUUGUACGCCAUUUUGCAGCAAACUCGUAGCGAAGAAACAGGAAACACUAUAUCGUCAUCAAGUGAACAUUCUACUAGAUUUGAAGACAGUGAAACACAAUUCCCAACUACUUUACGGCUAGCUCCGACUACAACCACAACAACCACAACGACAACAACUACUACUCCGGCGCCAACAACGACCACGACCACUACUACAACCGCAGCACCAACACGUCAAUCACCUGGUUCUGGAUCAGUGCGUAAUCGUUAUCGAGGUAAUGCAGGAACCAGGAAUGCAUUGACAUCAUCAACUACUACUACAACUACUACUGAACUACCUGCAUUGUCUGAAGAAGUUACAGAAAAACGCAAAUUCAAACCUACUAGAGAACGAAACACUCAAGUAAUGUCGUCAUUUAUAUUAAUAAUUUUAAAUUGGUAGUAUUGAAAUGUUGUUACCUAACAGAUAUUUCAGUAAAUAUCUUAAAAUAUUGAAUAAUCAAUUACAUAUUAUUUUUUUGAAGUUUUAUAAAUAUUUUCUAAAAAUAGUAUUAUACAAAUUAAUAUUGUUACGCAGAACUAACAAUAUUAAACUGGUAAUACAUAUUAUAAGGUACCUAGCCUGAAAUUUUAAUUUAUAUACAUGAAAUUAUAAUGAUUUUAACUCUGUUUUAUUUUAUAUUAUAUAGGGAUCUGUCUAUAGCAAGAGAUAUCAAUCUUCUACAGCUGCUCUUGAAAAAGAAUCUUCAACCACUGAAAGCGAAGUAUCAACUAGAGCACAAAGUAAUUUAUUUACAUUUCACAUAGAACCAAAACUAAUAAUUAUUAAGUAUAUUUAUAGUUUAGGUCUGAUAGCAAUUAUUAUUGUGUUCAGAAAAUUAAUGUUUCAAAAUACUAUACUGUAGGUAAUUUAUAAAUUAUACAAUUAAUGAAGAAACAAAAAAAUAAUUGCCAUUCAAUUGUUUAAUUCCUUUAAAUAUUUAAUUUAUAAAAACUAUAAUAAUUUAAAAGUAAUUGAAAUAAUUUCACUUUGACAAUUCAGAAGGAAUAUAAUUAUUUUUGUAAAACAAUAUAAUCAAACAAUUAAAUUUAAAAUUGUAAAUUAUCAAUUACACUUAUAAUAUUUUAGAACCUUCAUUUGGUGGACGACAAAGAACACGUGCAAGCAAACCUGUAUCAAGCACAGUAUCAAUAGAUGAAAAUGUAGAAGUUACAUCAGCUGCACCGAAACCCAACUUUGCUGAAAGGUAUACAAAUUAAUAUAAUAUUAUAAGUACAUUUUUUAUUUUACUCAAAGUUAAGUCAGUAAUAUUAAGUUGAGAUUACAUACAUUAAAAUUUGAAGGUCUAAUUUGAGAAGACAAAAUAGUAGAAAUAAGUUCACAACUACUGGUUCUACAACAAUAACAACAACAACCUCUACAGCAGCACCACAUAUCACAGAAGAGGAAGAAAGUAAUGUUUCAGAACAUGAAGUUACAGAACCAACAUCUACAACUCCUAAAGCAGUUGGGUAUGUGUUGGAAUUUACAAAAAUUAAAUUAUUAUUAUUAAUGAUUUUAUUGAUAUAUUAUUUUAAAUUAUUAUAGAGGCAGACUGAGACCAAAUAUUAGACCAUUGAGACCUGGAUUAAGGUUAAACUUUGGAGGAAAAGGAUCAUCGACAACAGCUAUUCCAGUACCAACACCGACAACACAAGCAUCUGUUGCAGAAAGUUCUCCAGAUGAAGUAGAAGAAAAAGUUAGUGCCAACAAAUUAUUAUUUUUUAUAUAUUUUAUUAUCUUAUUAUAUUCAUCAGGAAGUGGUACAAGAGACUAGUCCAACACCAGCACCUGAUUCUCUUUCAAGGCUUAAGAACAAAUCUAGAUUCAGGAUACCAGAAAAACAAGCUUCAGCUGUACCAAAACAACAAACCCUAACACCUCCUGCAACUGGACAAAAUAGAAAGCAUUUAUUAUCAAAUUUGCUACCCAAAAAGAAGUCAAUUCAAACUGAAGAGCCACCAGUAGUCGAGGAAGUAAAACCAGUCUUAGAAAAUGAACAAGAAAAUGAUCAACCCCAAGAAGUGCAAAAUGAAGAAGACUUGGAUCGACAACAACCAUCUUCUACUGUAACAAGUACGACUGAGGCUCCAACAUCGUCUACAAACCGAUUAUCAUCUUUGUUAGCCAAAAGAAGGCCAUUGCAAAGAAGACCAGCUGAUCUAUCUAGCAAACAAUCAAAUCAAGAAGAAUAAUAAUCAAAAUUAUAUUUAAAAAUGAAUUGGAUAAAAUAUGUAUAUGAUCCAAACAGUAGGUAUACUAAUUUUUAACUAAUAAAUUUUAGUAUCCAAUUCAGCUAAUUAUUUUAAGUUAUAAUUUUGUUCCACUGAGUAUAUCAUUAUUAUAAAUUAAUUAAUUAUGUACUGUAAUUUAUAUUUUUUUAAGAAAAAAAAAAUAUUUUUUGUAAAAGACUCCGACCAAAACAAUUGUAUGUAACAUUUGAUAUUGUUCUACAUACUAAUGGUUGGUAAAAUAUAAUUAUCAUAAAUUGGUAGUGACUACUUAUUUAUAUAAAUGAAAAAAAAAAAAAAUGAAAAAAAUAUUGUUGAACAAAUUAAUUACAAUCAAUUAUCCAGUUGUUAUAACACAUUUAUCAACCUUUCAUUGAAUGUAAUAAUCUUAUAUCAAACCAUCAUAUUUUGUCAUUAAUAUAAGAAUAUUACUUGUCUGAUAAAUUUAUUCUGUGUUGUGUCUAUUUAAUAAUAAAAAUGUAUGUAAAUAUAUAAUAGGUAUAUUAUUUUUAAAAUCAUAAAAUAUAAAUUGUUAAAGUAAAACAAUGACAUGCCCUAAGUUCAAUCAUACUUUAUUCUCACAUUAGAAAUUUAAAACAAUAUAUACA